AUGAUUCCCACCCGGAGCUUGGCCUCUCAGGCUGGCUUCUUCAGGCGUAGUGCCGAGGAGCUCGGUCGCCUGUCAAAAAUUGCCUUCAACGCCGAAGGCCUGCACACGCCCACAAAAGCCUAUACCCUCCUCGACUUUGAACAUAGCUCAUCUGUCGAGGGCUGCAAGACCAUGGCCGACCGUGUCGUUGGUGGAUUCAGCACUGCCAGCCUGGACUACGAGCCCGGCCUGCCUUCGGCAAAUAUCCCGCCGCAUGCGCGGUUCCACGGCAAGAUCUCUACAAAGCUUCCGUCAAACUUCCGCGUCGACCGAACCGGAUACGCCGCCUUCCGCAAUCAAGACCGCGGCGUCUGGCUCUUUGGCCGUCUCUAUUGGGAUCUCGAUCCGUACUCCUACCUCGCCCUUCGCAUUAAAUCCGACGGUCGAAGAUAUACCGUGAACAUUCAAACGGAUUCAAUCGUCGACACCGAUAUCCACCAGCACAGAUUGUAUACCCGACACCACCGCGUGCGCGGCACGCCCACCGCCCCAUUGCGCAGCCCGUCCGACUCUCGCGAGCAUAUAAAUGAAAUGUACCCGCACGGCCGUCCAGAUGCCCUCUCCGAUACUCCGCCCGAAUCCACAAUCAUCUCCUCUUCCUCUUCAGCAACCACAUCUGGCUCGACAGGCUGGGAAACGGUUCUCUUGCCUUUGAACUCCUUCGUCCGUACGAACUUCGGAUACGUGGUGGAGCCACAGACUUCUAUUAUGCGCAAUCGGGUUAAGAGCAUUGGUAUCGGUCUCACAGACCGCAUCGACGGCCCGUUCGACCUGCGUAUCCAUAAGAUUUGGGCGACGAAUGGUAUGGACGAGCAGGAUGCUGCGGAGGACAAGCUCAUCUGCGGUGCCCAUGCGCUUCCAGUCGAUGAGGGUGUUCGUACAGGCUGGGCAGCGUCUAGGCUACACGAGAAGGACACCGACGAGCAGCAGACAUCCCAGACAAAGAAAAAGGGGCUCCAGGGCCUUCGUUCGGAAUGGGAUUAG